GGGUGACUGUCUCUCCUGCCCAUAGUUUCUCUGUGCUGGUGAGGGCAUGGGCAGCGGGCAGGACCAGUUUGAGAGUGACAGUUCAGCUGGCCAAUCACACGUCAGCCUCCCACCAGCAGCUUUCUGACGAGAUACAGAUACUGGUGUACCAGGAGAUGCAGCUGGCUGUAGGAACCUCCAGAUCCAUCCUCAUGUCUCCCUACUCACACUACGCACUACAGAGCAACAAAGACGCAAUCUGUCCUGUGCGGUACGCCCUGUGUCAGUGUGUGAAAGGGGAGGGUCUUGUAACGGUGGACAGCCAGGGAGUUCUGAGGGCGGGGCCUGACACGGGAUCCGCCCUGCUGGAGGUCAUCGCUAUGGAGACCUGUGGGGUCAACCAGACCCUGCUCAUCAGCGUCCGGGUGUCUCCAGUGUGGUUUGUCAGGCUAUUCAGUGUGUCCAGCCUGUACAGUGUUGGAGGGGGAGGCCUGCCUGCCUUUCCCCUGGGUUGGACCAUCAGAGUCAGGGCUCUCUGCUACGACAACCUGGGACAACAGUUCAACGCCCAUAACACCCUCACACACAUUACCACCAACAGGGAUGACUUGGUGCAGGUGACUCCAGACUCAGACAGUCAUUCCUUUGUGGUCCAGACAGUGUCUGGGGGUUUGACAGUCCUAGGGGUGCAGGCAGACCCCACCAACCCCUCCCUGAGUGACUACACCCCCCUCCCUGUCCUCCCCGCCAUCUCUGCCCCGCCACACGCACUCAGGCCCGGAGACACACUCUGCUUCAACACCCCCCUGACAGGACCGCAAGGCCAGCCAGGUCAGUGGAACGUGUCGUCUAGUCGUAUUCUGCAGAUUGACCCAAAGACGGGAGCUGCUCUGGCAAAGCAUUCUGGGACGGUAGUGGUCUACUACAGACUGGAAGGUGGACAGCAGGCCCUCAGAGAGGUGAAGGUGGACUCUCCAGUCAUCCCAGAACUCUCUCCUCCUGAUGAUCGUUUUCUCACCAACUGGCCUGACGCAGCUGACUACACUGUUCCUGUGGAACUAUACACCUCCCCCUUCAACACAGCUCAGUGUUCCCUGUCCCAGAGGGAGGCCAUAGAGAAGAGGCUGCAGCCAGAGGCAGAGUUACGGUGUUUCCUGCAUUUCAGCGCCCCCUACCUCCAGCUCAACACGCUGCAGGCUGUGAUGGUCACCACGCCUCACUAUGACCUCGACACAGGUGAAUACAGCUGCAGAGUCUCUGUCCGUCCCCAGUCAGACUCCGUCCUCCACCUCCUCUCCUCCCUCUCUGUCUCCGUCGCUCUCUCAGCCUCUCUGCGGGGCCAGUCCCCCGUCCCUGUCCUCCCUCUCUCUGCUCUGUCGCUACCUCUCUCCGGACGUUUGGUACAGUUGCCGUACCUGCCUGCGUUCCACUGCCCAGUGUCUUUCCUGGUGCUAUCUGCUCUGCAUCCCAUGGCAGAGUUCUCUGUGCUGGGCACCAAGGAGGUGCUCUCUGCCCUACAGUUCCACUCUGACAGUACUGACGUGCUGCUAUCUGAGCCCAGUCAAUCAGACGGACAUCUGGUGUUGUCUGUAUACAUUUCCACUUCCUGGGUCAAAAGUCAGGCCCUGCCCCCUCCUGCCAACAUCACCCUCUCCAGCCACCUGACCCCACAGACUCAUGCCCUUACAGUUUACAUCACGGUGGACAGCGAGGUGAAGAUAGGUUCCACAGAUCUGAUUCGUCUACAAUCUUCCUGGACUCAGCUCCUGGACUUCCAUCUCAUCCUGGUCUUUGCUGUGUUUGCAGUUAUGGCCACUACUGCCACCUUAUACAUAGUGUUUAACUCCUGCAUGCAGACGGUUCCUGUCCCGGUGGUCGGCCUGUACUCCAACACACUGGAAUGCAGCAGGACGGUGCGUUUCUCUCCCUGGAUCAGACCCUCGUCUCCAGACACAGAAAGGAUCAUCCGCCGACGCAACUGGCUCUGGAGCACACGGUGACACUAACAGCCCUGUGAAUGAUCCAUGUUGAAACCUUCCAACUAAACCAUUUCCUGCCAAACGUCGUCAGCGUGUUGCGUUGGUCCAUUUAAGGCACAGGUGUCAAACUCAUUCCAGAGGGACGAGUGUCUGCCGGGUCUCGCCUCCCUUGUACUUGGUUGAAUUAAGGUCACUGAUUAGUAAGUUAUUGUCCUCGCCUGGUUAUUUAGGUCUUAAUUGAAAGGGAAAAAACAGCAGACCCUAGGUCCUCUAUGGAAUGAGACACCCCUGAUUUAAGAACAGUGGGUCUACUUGAACAGGGUCUCUAGGUAGUUGUUCAGGCAUAGAUCUAUGACCAGCAUACAUUCCCCACAUCACACCAUGUUGUUUUCUAAUAAUAGUCAAAGAUUGACAAGUAAACUGGAUUCUUUAACAAAAAGCUAAACUUUAUUAAGUGAGAGAGACCGGUGGAGUGAUGUCAUGCCAGGGGACGUUCUCUCUCUACAUACACAAAGCAGAGCUCAACACCAUCUUUCCUCUUCAGUUUCAUC